ACCGAGCAACGGGCAAACGAAAACGAAGUUUAUUCAGCGAAGUUUAUUCAGAAACCAUUCCAUUAUGUUGUGCGUUGCACCGCCUUCUGCCCGAACAGCCAGAGUCGUCUCAUGAAAUGGCUAAAUUUGUGUUGGCUGGCAGAACGGACUGCCCAUAUUAUGCCAAAGCAGAACUUUUAGCUGACCGAUUGGCGCGUUCUUUGCCAAAUUUCCGCAUUCACAAGAUCUCGAUCCUCCCAGAUGAAUGGAAGGAUUGGCUACAAGACACUUGCAUGAAAAAUGGCUGGAAACAUGAAGAGUCCCCUCUGGUGUGGAGAGAAUUGGUGCACCAAGGAGGCAAAGGCGUGUUCUUAGGGGGCUUUGAUGACUUUUUAGAGCACUGUCAGAAUUACUACAACAUCACAUCAGACAUGUCUGAAGAAAUGAUGCAGAGUAUUGCAGAAGAAAACCUUGAGACCAAGAUCACCCUGAUUUUGGAGGCACAUCAUCGGGCCAGUCUCAUCCAACCCCUUCACAUAUGGAUCAGCAGCGCUCUAAACCCAACCUGCAACAUGCUGAUCCCCAGUCUGCUCUCCACCGAGGUGCUCUCCCAAGCAUCUGCCAUAAGUCUUCACCUCCUGGAUGUGGAAGGCAAUGAGGAGGAACUCGAGUCACUGAAGAUGGAGACGGAAGAUCUGGCUUUGCCUCUACUCCAUCAGGUGACCAUUCACACAGAUCUCAAAGACGCUUUCCAGAAAGCUGAGAUCAUCCUCCUAUUGGAUGACCACUGGUCUGGAGGCAACAAUGCCACGGAUGUGGAGCAACAACAGACGAUAAAAGCGCUGGCAGCCCUGUACGCUGAAUAUGGGCGCUUGAUUGAGGAGAGGGCCAAUGGGGACGUGAAGGUGAUUGUGUCCGGCGGCUCGCUUGUGAACCUCAGAUGCUCACUUCUACUGAAAGCGUGCUCACUUGACAGCCGUCGCUUUGUUGCCGUCGCAACUCAGCUGGAGAAUGAAGCCAGAGCCGCCAUCGCCAACAAGCUCCGAGUGAGGACCUCAGAGGUGACAGACGUCAUUGUGUGGGGAGAUGUUGGAGACAGCUUCUACAUAGAUCUGCAGAGGGCAAAUGUUUUUAAUUAUGAUGGACCAAUCAAAGGGCCGCCCUUCUUUUCCCAUCCAGUGCUCGAGAUUAUCUACGACAGAGAAUGGGUUGAGGGCGACUUCCAAGACAUCGUGCGUUCUCAGCGGGCAGCCGUAGUCUCAAAGACAUGUCGCGGAGCGGACAUGUCGACUGCCAAUGGGAUCCUCACUCUCCUAAAGGCAUGGAAUGGGACCUUGACUCCGAGUCAGGUGUUCUCUGUGGGAGUCUCGUGCACAGACCAUUACGAACUCCCCGGCGACGUCAUCCUUUCAGUACCAGUGACGUUCACAGACGGCCAGUGGUCGGUUGUGUCGGAUGUGACUGUUGGAGAUGAUCUGAAGCAGAAACUUCACCUUUUUGCAAGUAAUCUCAGGAAAAAAAUGGAUACAGAGAAACCCAGUACAGAGGUCAACCAAGAGCCCAGUACAGAGGUCAACCAGGAGCCCAGUACAGAGGUCAACCAAGAGCCCAGUACAGAGGUCAACCAGGAACCCAGUACAGAGGUCAACCAAGAGCCUGAUCAAAACUUUGACAAAUCCAUGGAAAACCAGGCCACCGUAGAUACGCUUUAGUGCACAGGUGUCAAAGUCAAGGCUCGGGGGGCCAGAUGUGGGCCGCCAUAUCAUUUAAUGUGCCCCGCGAAAGCAAAUCAAGCAUGUCAAGUUCCAUGCUUGCUUAUGUGUGAACCAAAAUUUCAAAUGGUCAUAUGUAAUCCACAAUAACAGUCAUUAUCAUUGACUUGUGAUUUUUAAAAUAAGUUAAGCUGCGUAUGUAAUAUGUGGAGGGGACUAAACAUUUAUACGUUUUCCCAAAAUUCACAACAGCCCUCCCAAGAGAAACUGUGACUCCAAUGUGGCCCGCGACAAAAAUGAGUUUGACACCCCUGCUUUAGUGCAUCGUGCUUUUCAGUUUGUUCUUUUAUUCUUUCUUUCUCAUGCAAUGUUAAAGUGUAAUGCACCAAUUUUGUACAAUAAACCUCCUUGCCUGGGCAAA